AUGGAGGAGAAGGUAGACUACAUACUCAAAAUCAUUGAAGAGGACGGGGACUCCUUUGCGUCGAGGGCAGAAAUGUACUACCGGAAGAGGCCAGAGCUAACAAACUUCGUCGAAGACUCUUUCCGAGGAUACAGAGCUUUAGCAGAGAGAUAUGAUCAUCUAUCAAGAGAGCUGCAAAACGCCAACCGAACCAUUGCCACAGUUUUCCCAGAGCAAGUUCAGCUAUCAAUGGAGGACGAAGAUGAAGAGAAUGUAGCAACAACGCCCACUCCUUCCUUUGAUCCCAAAACACCCUCAAAAGAUUUACCAGCUGCCCCGAAGUUAAGCAUCCCCAAAAUUCCGCAAAUUUCACGGAAAAAAUCCAAGAUGCCAUCGAGAUUAAUGUCAAAAAAGGGACUGCUCAAGAUGAAUGUUCCUCCUGCUGCUGCUGCUACACCUGCUUCGGGGUUGAGCAAAACCGAGGCACUUGAAGAAAUCGAUAAGCUCCAAAAAAGGAUUUUGGCCUUUCAAACGGAAAAAGAGUUUGUAAAGAGUUCGUAUGAAAGUGGGAUUGCAAAGUUCUGGGAUAUUGAGCAGCAGUCCACUGAAAUGCAAGCCAAAGUUUCCAGCUUACAAGAUGAGUUCGGUAUUGGCACAGUAAUUGAGGAUGAUGAAGCUAGGACUUUGAUGGCAACCACAGCUUUGAAAUCAUGCCAAGAGACCUUGGCUGAGCUGCAAGAGAAACAAGCACGAUCCGUUGAAGAGGCAAGAAUGGAGUACCGAAGGAUUAAGGAAACUCGUGAGAAGUUUGAGACCCUCAAAAAACAAGUGAACAAGAACACAAAUCAACAACACAUCUCUGAGGAAUAUGAAUCUGAAAGCAGAAUUUCAGAAUUAAAGAACUCAGACCAACAAGUUGAUAGCAUAGAAGAAGCGAGGAAUGACUUGGAAUUGCUACGGGAAAAGAUUAAAGAACAGUUGGAAGCCAAUUCUAGCUCAUCUUUCACCAUGUCUGAAAUGGCAGAGAAGAUUGAUGAACUAGUAGACACAGUUAUCACUUUAGAAACUGUGGUCACUUCUCAGUCUUCUCUGGUAAAGAGAAUACGAGCAGAAGCAAAUGAGCUUCAGGCGCACAUUCAGGGCCUAGAAGAGGACAAGGAAGCUCUGUUUGAAGGUUCAGACAGCAUGAGUAACGAGAUAUGCGAGUUGGAGCAGAAACUGCAAAUCAUUCAAAAUCUAAACCAGAAUGUCGAAGACCAAGACAAGAACCUGCAAAUACAUUUUACUGAAGCGAGUUGUAAUCUUGACCAUGUUUCCAAUAAAUUGAGAAAUCUGAAGCCAGAUGAGGAGGACCAGAAUCUGGUUCUGUUCUCUGUUCCAGUUGAUGAUCCGGAAAAAAUGUUUCAAGUACGUGAAGAUACAAUGUCUCCUGGCAACCUUUCAAAGAUAUCAGAAAAUGUCGAAAAAGAAGAGGAAGAGAAGGAGGUUGUAAUUGCAGAGCAAAGUACUUGUAUCAAGGUUGAAGAAGAGAACUUUGUGCAGUCCGACCUGAGUAAUCAACUUCUUGAUCUUCAGCAAAAUGGUGAAGUGACAGCGGGUUAUUCAAUGAGCUCAAAAGAAGCAACAACAGAAGAGGAAGAGAAGAAAGAUGUUGCAGGCCAUGAAGCUUCUGUCAAAGAUGAUGAACAAACCUUUGCUCUGUUCAAUCCAAGCAACCAGUUUGAUGAUUCUUCGAGAGAAGGUCCAUUGAGAGCUGCUCCAGAUGCCAAUCCAGAAAGAAUGUUCAACGAGGAUGAAGAAAUGGCGGUUCCUGUUUAUGAUUCACUGAUCUCUAUGGAUACGAAAAUGGAAGACAAAAAGAAUGAUGGCUAUCCUGAUCAUGAUCCUGUCGAAGCAUACUUUGUAUUCGAGCCAAGCAUCCAGUUUCAGGAGCUUCCCACAGAUAUGAAAAUGGAAGACGAAAAGAAUGAGGGCUGUCUUGAUCAUGAUCCUGUUGAACCAUACUUCGUAUCUGAGCCAAGUUUCCAGCUUCGUGAUCUUCCCGAAGAAGUUCAAGUGAGAGAUGCUCCUUAUAAUGAUUUACUGAUUAUAGAAGAUCUUCAAAUGGAAGAGGAAGAGAAGAAAGAUGACAUUCUGGAUCAUAGUACUUGUGUCGAAGCUAAAGAAAAAGGACAUGACAUUCGAUCCAACGCAAGCAAUCUCCAAGAUUACCUUUCUGGAAAAGAUGAGGAAUCAAAGAAGCAAGAUUUGUUACCGGCAGCAGAUAAUAGUCUUGAUAUGCAGCCACAGGAAUUGGGAACCGAGAAUACAGAUGAACUAAAUUGGAGGGAACUGUUCUUGAAUGGAUUAGAGAACAGAGAAAAAAUUCUCCUGCAAGAGUAUACUUCAAUCCUUAGAAACUACAAGGAAAUAAAGAAGCAGCUUAGUGAAGCUGAGAAAAAAAACCAGGAUAGCCUCUUCAAAUCUGCAAUGCAAAUAAAAGAACUGGAGAAUGAUAAUGCAUUGAAGGACAUGGAGAUUCAAUCUUUGCACGAAAAAUUGGACUCGCUCCAAGUAAAUCGUGAUGAACCUCCGGAUAGCAGUUUGACAGAUCCCAGUCCCUCGCAGCAGGCUGUGCCAAAUGAAUCCCUAAUGAGAGGAUCUAGUUUCGCUUUUGAUAUUUCAUAUCCAAGUUCGGAUCAGAAGCCAGUACCUGAUUUGUUAGCUGAACAAAACGUCGAAUCCAUAGAAAGAACAGAAGAACCAACUGCAGCAGAAAAUGUGAAAAGCUUCCUUCCGAAAGUGGAAGAAGAAGAAGAAAAAGAAGAAGAAGAGAGAAUCAUUUCUGUUGAUGAAACCAAUCCUGUUUCAGCUAUUGAAGAAAAAAUUCGUAUGGACAUUGACGGACUGCUAGAGGAAAACAUCGAGUUCUGGUUGAGGUUUAGCACCUCAUUUCAACAGAUAACGAAAUUCGAGAGUUCAGUUGAGGAUUUGCAAGCAGAAUUAAUGCCAGUGAGGGAGAAUAAGAAGCAAGAGGGAUCUUCUAAGCAUCAUCAUCAAUCAAUAAACUCAGAUGCGCGCCCAAUUUACAAGCACCUGAGGGAGAUACAAAGUGAAUUAGGAUUGUGGCUGCAACAGAACACGGUAUUGGAAGAUGACUUGGAAAAUAGAUUAUUGUCUCUCAGCAACAUUCAUGAAGAGAUAUCAAGAUUGUCAAAGGCAGGGUCUAAAGCAGAAGACGCUGCACUUAGUGAAUACCAGGCUGCAAAGUUUCAAGGGGAGGUUCUGAACAUGAGACAGGAAAACAACAGAGUCGCGGAGGAGUUGCAGGCAGGUCUAGAACACGUGAAACGACUCCAGGUUGAAAUCCAGAUGACUCUGUCGAAAUUGGAAGAAGAACUUGGGAUUUCUGAAUCAAAGCACAAUCACAAGAACUCAUCAAGCCGGCAUAAACUACCUCUACGGAGUUUCUUGUUUGGGGUUAGAUUAAAGAAGCAGAAGCAAAAGCCGCCGACGCCAUCAAUUUUCACAUGCAUGAGUCCAGCAUUACAAAAACAAUACAGUGAUCUAUCUGCAUUGCCACCAAAAUAG